UGACCCCACACAAGGGUAUCCAUGCAAAGUUGAUCCGCAGAUUUAGGUAGAUGAAAAGUCUGCAGUCGACUAACACUUAAAGAAAAAUAUACUUUUAGUGGCUUGCCAACAAAGUUCAGCGCUGUAAUUUUCGCAUACACUGUUUGGUGCAAACUUGGAAUAGCUUUUAACAACCUCGCGAGUGAGAUUCCAGAGCAGAGCAAAAAGCUAGCUGAUGUUAGCCUUUCCGGCUAAAAUCCAGAAGCAAGGAAAAGUCGUUAAGUUUGUUGAUUCAUUGCAUGAAGCCGGGGGAUCUUUUCGAGACUUGUCUCUGCGGCUAACAGUUCCCCUGGUAGUAUACGACCACACUCUACACAAAAGCUCAAGCCGCUUGUUAGCUAAUGGCAUUAUCCAUCUAGCUAGCACCACCGCUCAGCCUGCCUUCCGCCGACGUGCACUUCCCCCCCACUCUGACUCCAGCCGGCUAGCCACAGCGUUAGUCCGGUGCAUAAAAUGAAGCGACCAUCAGCAUUUUGGGACGCUGUGUGGCUCUGUGGAUUUUGCUGAUACAUGAGGAGAAGAUAUUGCUUUUGUGAGAUCUCUGUCAGGGAGGUCAAAAUCAGUACGGGGGAUGGACGAGCAGAAAACAAACUGCGAAGAGAAUGACUCUGAACCAACAGCUGAUGACAAUACCACUGCAAAGCAGCUUGUCUCCUCUGACGGGGAAUCUAAGGUCAUUCCUGCUGCUGAUGAGUCGGGUGCUAAUGCAGCUUCUUCUAACACAUCUGUCGAGAGCGUUCGAGCCUGUGCGCUUUGUAACUGUGUGGAGCGGAGCCUGCAUGGACAGCGGGAACUGAGGCACUUUGGACCAUUUUCUGAGCGGCCAACCCUCAAGCCAUCAGCUUCUCCACUGCCACAGCCUGGAAAUGAUGACCUGUCUUCCAUUGGAUUCUCUGAUUCGCCUUGUCUGACAGCACUCCUUGAUGACUCAGGGGGAUGUUGGGUUCACUACUGGUGUGCAGUGUGGUCAGAGGGAGUAAAGCAGACAGAAGAUGAGGAGCUGGAGAAUGUGGAUAAAGCUGUUAUCUCAGGGACACAGCGGAUUUGCGCAUACUGCAAAAGGCUGGGUGCAACCAUUCAAUGCCAUGCUGAGGGCUGCUCGCGGUUCUACCACUUCCCCUGCUCAGCAGCCAGUGGAUCCUUCCAGUCCAUGAAGCAGUUGGUUCUCCUCUGUCUGGAGCACAUAGACAAGGCAGAGGAGUUGGCUGGUGAAGAGUCUUGGUGUGCAGUAUGUGACUCAGCAGGGGAGCUCACAGAUUUGCUGUUCUGCACGGGUUGUGGUCUACACUAUCAUGCAGCCUGUCUGGAGAUUGGAGCCACACCCAUCCAGAGGGCAGGAUGGCAGUGCCCAGAGUGUAAAGUGUGCCAGACUUGCAGACAACCAGGGGAAGACUCCAAAAUGUUGGUAUGUGAUGCUUGUGAUAAGGGAUACCACACCUUCUGUCUCCAGCCAGCCAUGGAUUCUCUUCCCACUGACCCAUGGAAAUGCAGAAGAUGUCGUGUAUGUAUGGUGUGUGGAGUCCGUGGACUAGUGCUGCCAGGUUCAGCCCAGUGGUUUGAUAACUACACAGUGUGUGAGGGAUGCCAGCAUCACCGCAGUUCUGUAUGUUGCGUGUGCAGCAAAGCUGCCAACCCAUCUGUUGCUCUGCAGUGUUGCAGCAUGUGCCACAGAUGGGUGCACGACGAGUGUAGUUCAGCGGGGGAGCUUCCAAAAGCUGAGAUCAUUUGCCUGCCUUGUAAGGAGGCUCAGCAGCACUCUGUUGCUGAACCAUACACAAUGAAGACGCAGACAGUAAAGACCCCUGAGGAGACUGAAGGCAACAUGAAAUUGGUGGAGAUGGCAGUCCAAAUGGAUACUGAGACGAUAACAGAAGAGCAGACAGACUUAUCAGAAGUGACACCAGGACAGAAGGGCACAUUAGAGGCGGGACAGGCUGAAGAUAAGCCUGAUAAAGAGGCACCCAUGGACUUGGGGGUGGAGUCUACAGCUGUUCAGACAACAAACAUUGUGGAGAGAACAGUGAUGGGAGAGCCACACUUAGCAACAGAAGCUUUUGGUUCUGAGACACCAGCUGCUCUGCUCAAGUCUACAGAUAAUUCAACAACAGAACGCAGGGCCUCUUGUAUACCUGGUGCUGAAGAGGGAGCAAAAGAGGCACAGAGUCAGAUGAACCCAGCCACUGCUUCCCAGGGUCCCACAGCAGAGACACAAUCUAACAACUGUAAAGUAGAACCAACACGAGUAUCGCAGGAAGACCCUGAAACUAUGGAGGUGGUUGAGGAGAAGCAAGAGGCUGCUCCCUCAGUUAAACAAGAACUGUCACAAGAGUUAUUGAAGAGUGCAUCUGGUGACAUCUGUAUUGCAGAACCAUUCAGUAAUGAUCCACAGAAGUUACCAGCUUCCUCUGUCUGUGUGGUCAAAACGGAGCCUGUUUCUAUGGAUGAAAAGCAGGAACAAAGUCCAUGUCAGGACCUCCAGUCUCCUACUCUUUCUUUAUCAGUAGACACACAAGAGUCUCUCUCUGCUGCUGACAUAGAGGGGAGGUUACUACCUCACUCGGAGGAGGAGGAGGAGGAGGAGGAGGAAGACGAUGAUGAGCAAAUGAAAGGAGAAGGACACAAUGAGGACAUCAAGAGAAGACUGCAAGAGGUUAAGCCAGAAUUGCUGCUGGAUGAAAUGUCCAAUAUGAGCCAUGGUGAUGAGAGCAGCAGCGGCUUUCUGGGCUCUCCAGGAGAACCCGACCCUCAGCUCUCCAUGGAGUUUGGCCUUGUACCUUCCAGCCGCUCGCACACCGAUAACUUGCUCACUGAGACUGAUGACUCUCUUCCCUUUGAACCUCUCAGAAGUGACAGAGAAAAGGCCAAACGCAGAGGUUCCCCAGGCCGCUCAAGGGUCAAACAGGGACGAAGCAGUAGUUUCCCUGGGAAGCGUAGACCUCGUGGUGGUGGUGGUGGUGGAGGGAGAGGGCGUGGUGGGAGGUCACGCCUUAAAGCUAUGGCCUCCUGCAUCGAUGCCUUCUUGCUAAGCAUGACCUCAGACACUGGACUGAGUAAGGAGGAAGAUGAUGAAGAAGAUGACACCAUGCAGAACACAGUUGUUCUUUUCUCAAACACCGAUAAAUUUGUCCUGCUACAGGACAUGUGUGUCGUAUGUGGAAGUUUUGGAAAGGGUGUGGAAGGGCAGUUGCUGGCUUGUGCUCAGUGUGCCCAGUGUUACCAUCCUUAUUGUGUUAACAGCAAAAUCACCAAGACGAUGCUCCGUAAGGGCUGGCGUUGUUUGGAAUGUAUUGUGUGUGAAGUGUGUGGAAAGGCUUCAGACCCCUCGCGUCUGCUGCUGUGUGAUGACUGUGAUGUCAGCUAUCACACCUACUGCUUGGACCCACCCCUGCACACUGUACCCAAGGGUGGUUGGAAGUGCAAAUGGUGUGUUUGCUGUGUGCAGUGUGGUUCCAACUCACCGGGUUUCCACUGCGAGUGGCAAAACAACUACACACACUGCGGGCCUUGUGCCAGCCUUGUCACCUGUCCGGUAUGCCGGGAGAACUUCAUGGAGGAGGAGCUGCUGCUGCAGUGUCAGUACUGCGAUCGAUGGGUCCAUGCCGUCUGUGAGAGUCUGUACACAGAGGAUGAGGUGGAACAGGCUUCUGAUGAGGGCUUUGCUUGCACAUCCUGCACCCCAUAUGUUCCAAAACCUGUGGUAGUAGAGUCAGCCAUUAUGGCUUCUAUAAAGAUAAAAGAACCAGAGCCCCAAUUCUACCGAUUGGAGGGUGUUUGGCUUACAGAGUCAGGCAUGUCCCUGCUUCGUAGCAUCUCCAUGUCUCCCCUGCACAAGAGACGGCAACGUCGCUCCCGUCUCGGCACUAUGUGCUCUGAAGGAGGUCCUGAUGGAAUGGAUCUGAGAGAGGUUGAAGGGGAAGGGGACGAGGGAAAAGGCUGUGGAGAACCCAUGGAGUGUGACUCUAAGAUGGAGCAACCUGGGAGCCCUGACAGGGAUGCAGGUGCAGAGGGAGGUGUUGAUGGCAUGGCUGACUGUGAGGGUCUUAAAGGGGGAGCAGAGGAGACAGAUGACAGCAAAAAACGAAAGCGAAAACCUUACAGGCCUGGAAUUGGAGGAUUCAUGGUGCGACAAAGGAAGUGUCACACGCGGAUGAAGAAAGAAUUUUUUGCCCAGUUGGCCGGAGAGACUAUGUUGGAUGGACAGCCAAUCGAGCGAACUAUCGAAGAAGGACCCCACCCUGACACAGACAAUAUUAUGGAUCCUAAACCAGUGGAGGGAGAGGAACAGGCCAAGAAACGUCGGGGUCGGAAGAGGAGCAAACUUGAGGAUAUGUUUCCAGCUUAUCUCCAGGAGGCUUUCUUUGGCAAGACACUGAUAGACUUGAGUAAGAAGGCUGUGAUGAUUCCUCCAGGGCAGAGGCCAGGUGCAGGCCCCGUCAGACCUUCUUUACCAGCACCAACGGCAGUCAGAACUGUUACCCCAGAGACUGAUGCUCGGGAUCGUGUGGUGGAUGUUAAUUAUCCUCUCAAGCAAGAGGGGGGUGAGGCCCCCCAGGCUCAGGGAGAUGGUGCAGGAAUUCCUACACCAUCCUCAUCGCAGACGAACCAGGUGUCAGCUGAUCCUCAUGAUUCUGAUGUAGAAAAAAGUGAAGGUCUUCCACAGGGGGUGGAGAGUCAGGACUCUGAGCAGUUCUUCAGGAAGGUUCUAGGAGUGCCAGAUGGCUCCUCCCUGGGCGGCAUGAAGCCCAUCUUGGAGGGCAAUAAGGGAGAACACAGUCACAGUGCUCUGCCGCCGAGAGCUCUCCCCUCAGGGUCCCUGCCCUCAGCUGGAAUGAUGGAUGCCUUUCCUGGAAUUUCUCAGUCACCGUUCUUCGACAUGCGUGACAGAGGAGCAUUGUUCAGUCCAGAUGGGGGUGAGGAGAGCCCAUGGGCAACUCCCUCUACCCCAGCAACUCCUUCCUCCCCACCAACUCCCACAGAGGCAGAGGGUGAUGGUUUGUCCUAUAACCAGCGUAGUCUGCAGCGUUGGGAAAAAGAUGAGGAGCUUGGCGAGCUCUCAACCAUUUCCCCUGUUCUUUAUGCCAAUACAAACUUCCCUACUCUCAAACAGGACUACCCAGACUGGGCUAGUCGCUGCAAGCAGAUCAUGAAAAUCUGGAGGAAGGUGCCUGCUGCUGACAAGGUUCCAUAUCUGCAAAAGGCCAAAGAUAACCGAGCAGCUCAGAGGAUAAACAAGGCACAGAAGCAGGCAGAGAGUCAGGUGUGCAGGCCAGUGAAAACAGAGCAGCCACGUGCAAAGGGAGAACGGCCAAGUUUACACCUCCAGAUCCCACCACCUUCAGGUUCUGCAUCAGUCUCUUCCCAACCCAGCUCUGCAGGCAGCCCAUUUCCAUUGCCUCCCGAUUCAGGAUCAUCCUCUGUCUUUUUCUCAGAUGGACCUGUCAAAACCCCAUUAUCAGCUGAAAUCCGGACAGAUCCUUUGGCCAAGCUUCCUCCUCAGUCACCCCAUUCUCAUUCACACCCAACCACACCUUUCUCUAAUGCUGGGGCCAGCCCCGUACAGGCCUCUUCCUCAGGUUAUUCUGCUUCCGGCCCACAGGGCCCUCCUCAGGGACGGCCAGCCAGUCUUGGCCCUUUUGACAUGCAACCAGGAACUCCUGGAACCCCCAGACGGGCUCAACAGGUUGACCCCUACUUCAGAUCACAGCUGCAGCAGCAACAGGGUCUUCUUCCGCAAUCCCAGCAAGGCUCUCAGGAGUCCCUAGGGCCUCCAGAAAGUCCUCAUUCAAGAGGUCCUGGGCUUGGGGAGUCAGCUAUCUUUUCACCAUCCCACAAUACCCACUAUGGAGACCCCUUCAGAACCCAGCAAGGGAUGGGGCGGUCAGAAUAUGGUUCAUCACCAUCACCUUCUGCAGUGGCUUCCUCUCCUGCAAACACAGGACAGUACAGGGCUGAUAUGAGUGCACCCUCUCCACGCUCCUCUGCAGUUGGAAGACCUGAGCUAUCCGCUGGCUCCCCUGCUGGGAUGCUAGAGUCUGGAGAUGGUUUAUUCAAGGCACCUUUGACGCCACGAAUGCACCAAGGGGAGAGUGGGACCCUUCAUCCUGGAGCUUCACCUAGCCAUGUUGCUGAAGGCUUUAGGCAGUCUCCCUCUCACUCUGACCCCCACAUUCAACCUCCAGUAACUACCAGACCACAGUCAGGUGAUAAUUGUUCUAUUGGACCUCAGAGACACCCUGUAGUUCAACAGGAGCAAUGUCCUAGAGUGCCCUCCAGCCCACAGUCCCAGGGCAGCUCUCAGUCUCCCCACACUCCUGGUGGCAUGUCCAAUGAUGCUUACUCUGUCCAGUCUCCUGCUGCUCCUCGUUUCCAAUCCCCAGACCCUUGUUCUCGACCACCUUCAAGACCACAAUCUAGAGACCCUUUUGCAACAAUCCAUAAACCUCCUCGCACUCCCUCUAUUGCCCCAGAGGGAACUGCAAGUUACAAAACAUCACCUCAUCCUAAUCAACCACCUCCAGGCCAUACUUCUAUAGGGGAUCCUCUCUCUGGUAAGCCAUCAGUUCCCCCUACUUUCAGUCGCAGCCCAAGCACAGGAGGCUUUCAAAUAACACAACAGCAGACUCAAAUGGUGCAGCAACCCCAGCCACAAACUCAUCCAGCUUUGUCAGCAGACAACCUUACCUCCCGAGUACCACCUCCUUCUGGAGCUCAAGAACUACCUGCUGUUCACACUUCAGACAUGUCUAAUCAGCAGCCUUUGCCAGGCCCUCAAGAAAUUCCUGAUAUUUCAGCAGUGCAGGACCCUUCAGUAGUAGGACUCAGCCCAUCUGAGCUGGAGAAGCACAGACAGCGCCAAAGACUGAGGGAAUUCUUGAUCAGACAACAAAUGCACAGAAAUUCCAUUAGACAAGAAAAGGAGGCUGCUGCUGCUGCUGGGAGUCCAUCCCCUAGCUGGUCUGGAGGAGAGAUGGGAGCCUUUCAGCAGGAUAAAACCCACAGAGCACCACCACCUUAUCCACAGGAUCGAAUUGCUGCUGCUGGUUCAGGUGCUCAGGCUUCUGUGGCAGGGAAGAUACCCAUGGAUGAUAAGCUCAUUCACCAACCACCUCCAGGAAACCCUGGAGUUGUCGAUCCAAUUAGGCUACCAGGAUCCUCCAGACCACAGAGUGUGUUUGCCCGUCCACCAUUACCCCCUCAGUGGCAGGGCCAGGCUCCAGGUCCAAGGAGGUUCCCUCAGCCUGGCAUGGAAGCUAUGGGUAUAAGGCAUAAUCUUAACCCUGCUGUCAACAUCCAGGGUAUGGAAGGCAUGGGUAAUACUCAUGCCAUAAUGCCAGGGCAUGGAGGAGAACCCAUGCAGCCAAUGGGUCAAGGGCCGCCACCUCAGUUCAUCGAAUUGAGACAUAAUUCACAAAGGCUACCCCUGCGACACCAGUUUAUACCCCGUGGACCCCAGCCCAGACCACGUCUCUUUGUCCCAGACCAAGAGAUGCCAGUACCUUAUGUUCAGCAACUUCCUGUAGCUCAAGGUGGUGGCAGUGACUCACAGCUGGGGUUACCACAGGGUGGACUGUCAGUUUUACUGCCUCAGCAGUCUACAGGGUCGGUUGCACAACAGCCUCACCUGCAGCCUCAAACAGCUACUUCAGCCCAAAACACUCCCAGUACUGAUCAGCAUCGACUUUCACAACCAAGUGUAGUCACAGGGCCUCAGCCAGCAGCUGUAGAAAAUGCAGAGGAAUUACCGGAGCCUGACCUCGACGGGCUAGGAGAUGCUCCAGGAGAUGGAGGCGUAGAAGAUGAUGAUUUGGCUCUUGACCUGGACCCUGACAAAGGAGACGAUGACUUAGGCAACCUGGACAACCUUGAAACCAACGAUCCACAUCUUGAUGAUUUACUCAACAGUGAUGAGUUUGACCUGCUGGCUUACACUGACCCUGAACUGGACCAAGGAGACCCUAAAGAUGUCUUCUCAGACCAGCUGAGACUGGUAGAAGCAGAAAGUGAAGGCCCUUCAUCUUCCUCUGGUUCUGCACAUGUUAAAGUGGAAGGGAAAGCCAAGGUGGAACCAGAGCAGAAGGCUUUGACAAAAGUCCCUUCCACUGCACUGGAGUCUGCUACCCAACUAACACCCUCUUCACAAACUGCUGAUGCUUCCAAAGUUAAAGUAGAGGACAGAGGUGUGACCUCUCAGCUGCAGCCGGGACAGAUUGUGGUGAAAACUGAAAUGGGAGAAGCAGUGUCCAUGCCUCUUGGUGGGACCACACCAACAGCCAAGACACCACAAAGCGAAAGCCAGUCUGCUUCACUCAGUUCUGUUCGACUAGGGGGACUUCCAUACCCCUUGCCAAGCCAAGCUGAUCCAUUGCCUUUUUCUUCAGCUGCUCCACAUGGAGAUAUUGGUGAUGAUCCCUUAGGACUACCUGAUGUAGGGGAGCAGCACUCUCCUGCUGUAGAUCUGGCAAAGGUAGAAAGCUCUUUAGAUGGUGAGCUGCCUCUUCUAAUACAAGAUCUCCUGGAGCAUGAAAAGAAAGAACUGCAAAAACAGCAACAGCUCAGUUCCCUGCAACAGGGAGGCAUGGCACAACAGUUUCCUGGCAUCCCAAGCCCACAUCCAAACCAACAAGCACCUGGGCAAAUAAUGUUACCACACCACCAUCGUCCACCACCCCAAGGUAUGAUGAAUCAGCCAGGGAUGGUACCCCGUGCUCCACACAUGUUGCAGCAGCAAAGGCUUAUGGGUGCUGGCAUGGUACCUCCAACUCAUAUGAUGCCCCAGCAGCAAACCAUGAUGAGGGCGGGGCAGCCAGGAAUUCAUACAGGACUUGGUCAACAACCACAGCAGCAGCCAACAGUAAAACAAUCCCCUCUGGCCAACAACUUGUUCCCAGAUAAAGAUUUGGACAAAUUUGCCACUGAUGACAUCAUGGAUCCCAUUGCCAAGGCAAAGAUGGUUGCACUUCAGGGUAUUAAGAGAGUGCUGGCACAGGAUCCAAUGGUUGUUCCUCCUGGCAUUAACAGACAACAAGUUUCUCUGCUUGCUCAGAGGCUGGCUUCUGCCCCAGCCACAGAUCCAAAUCAACCUGCAUCUGGACCUCCAAAGGAGGGAGAGACAAGUGACCCUGCCCAGUCAAGACCUAACCCUCCUCAGUUUGUGCAAGGAAUCAUCAAUGAUGCUGAACAGCACCAAUAUGAAGAAUGGCUUCUUCAUACCCAGCAGUUACUCCAAAUGCAGUUGAAAUUUUUGGAGGAACAGAUUGGAGUUCAUCGAAAAUCACGCAAGGCGCUGUGUGCAAAGCAACGCACUGCUAAGAAAGCUGGCAGGGAGUUUGCUGAGGCAGAUGCAGAGAAACUUAAGUUGGUUACAGAAGAGCAAAGCAAAAUUCAGAAACAACUUGACCAGGUGCGCAAGCAACAGAAGGAGCACACCAAUCUAAUUGCAGAGUACAGAAGCAAACAGCAGCAGCAUCAGCAGCAACAUCAACAAGGUUCUGGUCUUAUAACCCCUGGUCAUUCUGCACAGGGGGGGCCAUCACACAUGUUUCCCAAAAUGCCUGGCCAGAUGAUGAUGAGCCAGCAGGGGGCACCGGUAGUGGGGCAGCAUCCUGGCAUGAUGCCCCAAGGUGGGAUGCCUGUCAGGAUGCCCCAAGGUCAGCCCUUUAUUGGCGGAGCCCAGCCACAGCUUCCUGGGACUCUUGGAGCCAGUGGUGCCAGGGCCCCGGGUCCUCCUGGGCUUUCAGGAGGAUUCUUCCCACAGGGGCCUGGAAUGCAAGGUGCAGACCCUAGGCUUAUUCAAGAAAGACAGCUUCAGCAAAGGAUACAGAUGGCAAAGCUCCAGCAACAGCAACAGGUGAUGAUGGGCCAACAACCAGUGCCACACCCAAAUCAACAGUCUAGUUUAAUAACUCAGCAGCAGACUGGUAUGAUGGGGAACCAACUUAUGGCCCAGCAACAGGUGAACACUCAGCAGGGUAUGCUAACCAAUCAGGCUAAUCAGCAGAACAUGGUCCAGGUUGCGCAAGGAAUGGUUGGAGGCCAGACUGUGGCUCCACCACAGAAUCUUGUAGGUGGCCAGCCUAUUAACCAUUCUCAAGGCAUGGUAUCAACUCAGCCAGGGAUGAUGGGCAACCAGCAAGUUGCAUUGUCACAGCAGCAGAGGCCUCAGCUGAUGAUGGGACAGCAGGGUAUGGUUGGAACUCCAGGUCACCCUGGCCUCAGGGGUCCCCAUGCCCAGUUGACUCCACAACAACAGAAUAUUCUGGCCCAACGCAUGCUUGCAUCUCAUCAAACUAUUACAAAGAAUUUAGCCCACCUUCAGCAGCAGCAAAUGGCACAACAAAGACAACCAACACAGUUGAUCAACCAAUCUGGCCAAGAACAAGGAGGGCUUUCCCAGCCGUCCACCCCUCAAAUGGGUUCCUCACCUUCAGCAGGAAGUAACACACCCAAACCCCAGGGAUCUACAGAGAGGCAAAACUCAGGAUCAAAAGAGGGUGGGAUCCUCAGCCCUGAUUCAAGAACGCCACCACAGCAGAGUGGACCAUCCACUCCCAAUCAUAUGUCCCAACUCGGCUCUGCAGGUGAUCAUCAAACUGACCUGGGACGACAGCAGUUACAACAGCAGCACCAGAAUCAAGUUUAUAUUGGCCAGCAGCAACAAUCAAAUCCCCAGUCUGUACAUGAGCAACAAUCAGCUUUGGUUGGAAACCAGCAAAGUGGUAUGCAGCAACAGCAUCAACAACUUCCUCUCACUGUCCAGAGGCAAGUUUCCCUCACUGCUGACAAGCCUGGUUUGAUGACUAUUAAAGAGGAGGGAAAACCACUUGAUUUCUUAGCUCAGCAGCAGCAAAUCCUUCAGAAUGCCACACAGCAGUCACAGGAUCUCACCAUGCAGCAGCAGAUCAUGGGACAGAGCCAUCCAGGGCAGCAACAACCUGCUGUGAUGGGGCAUAAUCCACAACAGCAGGCCCUCAUGGCCCAACAGCAGAAACAACAGUUUUUGAUGGGCAUGAUGAGAGCCCAGCAGCAGGGAAUGAUGGGACAGAGACCUGGUGUUCCUCCUGGACAGAUCCGUGCCCCUAUCAACAUCCAGGCUAUUAUUGCUCAGAAUCCUCAGCUCCGCAAUCUCCCCCCAAACCAGCAGAUACAGCACAUCCAAGCUAUGCUUGCACAGAGGCAACCAGGACAGAUGGUGCGGAUGCCAAUAGGUCAAGGCCAACAAAGUCAGUUGAGGCCUCAGGUCUCACAGGUAGGGCAGCAAAUGCUAGGGGUGGAAGGCCAUCAGAUGUCACACGGAACCAUGGGGAAUCCAGGAGCAGUGGGCAAUCAGCAGCAGCCAGGUAUGCCAGGCCAGCAACCUGGUGUUACUGCUCAGAUACAGCAAGGAAUGAUGGUCCAUGGACAGCAACCACAAGUUGGGGAGAUGGUGCAGCAACAUAUGAGAGGCCAGGUGCCACGUUCCCCAAUGGACCAGAGCCCUAUGUUGAGGCCAGCAUCUCCACGUCAGCCAUUAGCCAACUCACCUGGAGAUCCACAACGGCACACUUUUAAUCAGGCUAUGGGGAUUCGUCCACCCACUCCCAACCAGAACCAACAGCAAGCACUAAUGGCAGGCCGCUUGCAGGGCUCUCCAUCACAUGCAUAUUCUCCAAGAGCUCCCUUUGGCAUGAGCCCAGUCCAUCCGGCCUCACCCCAUUCAUCCCAUAUCUCCUCACCUUCUGUAGCUGACAGCAGGGCUGGGAGGGGCAGUCCAUAUAGCCAAGUCAAGGCCUCUCCACUCAGGUCACCCGGAGCCAAGAGUCCACUUGAUUGUCCAGGACCUAAGGCAGACACUCAGUUAUCAGUCAGUGGAACAUCUCUGACACCUUCAGUUACUUCCAAUGGGCUGCAGAAGGGCAUAAAUGCUCAGCAACAGUGGCAGCAGGGGACAGAAGACCAACAAGGGGACUUAUGCAAGAUGACAAUACAGAACAUUAAACAGGAACCAAGGGAAGUCCAGUGUGACAGUGCAGCAGAGACUCCUCCUGGGCCUAUAAAGCGUGAAGCAACAGGGGAGACGGUUAAUGCUGGGAACAACACUACCUUUAUUAAUGCUGGAAAUGCUGCUAGAGAUCCUGUGACUCAAAGCCCUAGAUCUGAGACUGGACAGCAAUUGCUACAGAAACUCCUUAGAACGAAGAACCUUCAGCUUGGUGCUCAGAGGCCUUCUGAAGGCAUCCACAGUGAGAUCAAUGGCCACAUCAACAGCAAACUGGCAAUGCUUGAGCAAAAGCUUCAAGGGACUCCACGAAACAUGGAGGAUUUACAGUCAAUAACGAAAAGGGCUCCUGUACAAAAGCCAAAACGCACUAAUAAGGCAACUGGAGAUCGAGGGCCUAACCCACGAAAGAAAAACAAGAAGGAAGAAGUUGGAAAAAGUGCUGAAGCCCUCAUAAAACAACUCAAACAGGGUCUCUCUCUGCUGCCCUUGAUGGAGCCGUCAAUCACUGCCAGUCUGGAUCUUUUUGCCCCUUUCGGAAGCAGCCCAGCCAAUGGAAAAGCCCAGCUAAAAGGCUCAUUUGGAAAUGCAGUGUUAGACAAUAUCCCAGACUACUAUUCUCAGUUACUCACAAAGAGCAACCUCAGCAACCCCCCAACCCCCCCAUCAUCCCUGCCACCUACUCCUCCACCAUCAGUACAGCACAAGCUGCUGAAUGGCGUAACAGCUGGGGAGGACCUCGCUGAGAGGCAGAAAGACAGAGAGCCUGCUGAAGAGCCACUGGAUUCCGUUCCAGAGGAGGUGAAGAGCGUAGACAUUCUAGCAGCUCUCCCCACACCACCACAUAACCAGAAUGAGGACAUUAGGAUGGAGAGUGAUGAUGAAGAUGCUCCAGAAAGCAUCAUUCCAGCAUCAUCUCCCGAGAGUAAUGUAGGAGAUGAGACUCCACGUUUUCCUCAUUUGCGGGAGCCUAAAGAGGAGGAGACGGACAGGGCGAUAUCCCCCAUCAUCCCCCUCAUACCUCGCACUGCCAUCCCAGCAUUCACAGAAAAUAAACCAUUUGAAGCACCUGAUGGCAAGAUAGUUUCCACAUCAAAUCACUGGGAUAAGACCAAAAGCAACGAGGUGUCUGUUACCUUCAUGUUGUCAUCUGCUGCAGCCAAGAAACUAAAUAACGUGAUGAUGGUCAUGGCCCAGCUACUUAACAUCAGGAUGCCAGGUACUUACGAGGUCACAUUCCCUCCCCAAAACCCUGACAUGCCUGGAGUGGAUGGGGCUGGGAGAGGACCUGGCCAAUCAGGGGUGCUGUCUACGAAGGACGGUGCUUCACCUAGUCAGGAAGAGUGGUUAAGGCAGUUUGAUGUGUCUCUGCCUGGCUGUACAUUGAAGAAACAAGUUGACAUUUUGGCCCUUAUUAAACAGGAAUUCCCAGAAACAGAAGACAAACCAGUUCAGCACUGUUACACAACCAAUGUAAAUGAUUUGGAUGUACGCCACCUUCCUAUUAUACCAGUGGAGGAGUCUCCACCCCCAUCACCACCUCCUCCUCAUCCUCCUCCAUCUUUACCAGUCACAGCUAGUGAAGCUGACCCUUCCAAAAAAUCAACUUCUUCAUCACCUUCUCCAUCCAGUCCUACCAUUGUCCAAACAACAACUGAGCCUGAGCAGGAUGUUGAUCCUCCUAUGGAUGCUGCUCAACCAACUGAUGUCAUAGAGCCUGAAGUUGCUGCUCCAGAGUCAGGCACUGAUGCAGCAACUGCCUCUGCAGUUCCUGAUCCUGCUGCUCCCUCUGAAGAUCAUCUGAGGGCUGUUGUCAAGGAGGAGGAAGACUUGGUCACUGAUUCAGUCCAACCUCCUAAAGAUUCUCCCACCCCCAUGGAGUCUUCCCCUAAAGCUGUCAAGCAACGCAGGCCUCUCUCACCUGAUGAGGAGGUGGUACAUCCCAAAGUGAAGAAAUGGAAGGGGAUUCGCUGGAAGCGUCUUCAGAUUGUCAUCUCAAUUCGCAAAGGUGGGUCUAAGAAAGAAAGCAGCCGUGAGGUGUCUGAGCUGAUGGAGCGCCUGCGCAUUACUCUUCGACCAGAAAAGCUACCACGGGACAAACGCAAAUGCUGCUUCUGCCACGAGGAAGGUGAUGGCGCCACAGAUGGGCCCGCUCGUUUGCUCAACAUUGACGUGGACCUGUGGGUGCACCUAAAUUGCGCUCUGUGGUCCACAGAAGUAUACGAGACACAGGGUGGCGCCCUAAUCAAUGUGGAGGUAGCCCUGCGUCGCGGAUUGCGGACUCUUUGUGCGUACUGCCAGAAAACUGGUGCCACAAACAGCUGCAACAGACUGCGCUGCCCAAAUGUCUACCACUUUGCCUGUGCCAUUCGUGCACGCUGCAUGUUCUUUAAGGAUAAGACCAUGUUGUGCACCCAGCAUAAGCUGAAGGGCCCCAGUGACGACGAACUCAGCACAUUUGCCGUUCUGCGCCGCGUCUACAUCGAGCGCGAUGAGGUGAAGCAGAUUGCCAGCAUCUUACAGCGAGGGGACCGUAUCCACCUGUUCCGUGUUGGAAGUCUCAUUUUUCAUGCUAUUGGCCAGUUGCUGCCUUCUCAGAUGGCCAACUUCCACUCACCUACUGCAAUCUUCCCUGUUGGCUACGAGGCCACACGCAUCUACUGGAGCACACGCGUGCCCAACAAGCGAUGCCGCUACCGCUGCCGCAUCAGUGAAGAUGAUGCCCGCCCCCUGUUUGAGGUGCGUGUUCUGGAGCAUGGCAUGGAGGAUUUGCAGUACCGCGACACUACUCCAGAAGGGAUCUGGGACCGGGUUGUUCAGCAGGUGGCUAAACUUCGAGAGGAAUCAUCCAUGUUGAAACUGUUCACUGAACAUAUCAAGGGAGAAGAGAUGUAUGGCCUCACAGUUCAUGCUGUCAUGCGAAUCACUGAGUCGCUGCCUGGAGUGGAGAACUGCCAGAAUUACCAGUUCAGAUAUGGCCGGCACCCUCUGAUGGAGCUCCCACUCAUGAUUAAUCCCACUGGCUGUGCUCGCUCUGAGCCCAAGGUCCCCACACACUGCAAGAGGCCUCACACGCUUAAUAGCACCAGUGUGUCCAAGGCCUACCAGAGUACCUUCACUGGAGAACUCAACACACCAUACAGCAAGCAGUUUGUUCACUCCAAAUCCUCCCAGUAUCGGCGCUUGAAGACUGAGUGGAAAAACAAUGUGUACCUGGCACGUUCCCGCAUUCAGGGCCUGGGGCUGUACGCUGCAAAGGAUCUGGAGAAGCAUACGAUGGUUAUUGAGUACAUCGGUACUGUCAUACGCAACGAGGUGGCCAAUCGCCGUGAGAAGAUCUAUGAAUCGCAGAACCGAGGGAUCUACAUGUUCCGUAUCAACAACGAGCAGGUGAUUGAUGCCACCUUAACAGGUGGCCCAGCUCGCUACGUCAACCACUCCUGUGCACCCAACUGUGUUGCUGAGGUUGUAACAUUUGACAAAGAAGACAAGAUUAUCAUCAUCUCCAGCCGCAGGAUUCCUAAAGGAGAGGAGCUGACGUACGACUACCAGUUUGAUUUUGAGGAUGAUCAGCACAAGAUCCCUUGCCACUGCGGAGCCUGGAAUUGCCGAAAAUGGAUGAACUAAUGGAAUGAUGGAAAUUUCCCUCUCGCUGGUACCAGAACACUCCUGCGCCAAAGCCUAUGAAAAUCCUACAUCGCCAGUGCAUAAGCUGUUCAUAAAGAUAUGGAGGAAGGCUGGCCUCCGCUAUUAAAAGACUAAAGUGUUACCUGUAGCCAAAGGUUUGAAGAGCAUUAAUCAAUAAAAGCAGCCGACCACCUUACAUCAGCAGCAGCUUGAUGGUGGGACUAACUUUUGUGUUUGGACUAGUGAAUCACCCUUUCCUCAGCCAAAACCCUCCUCUCCCCCCCUCCAACCCUCCCAACUGUUCUGUUCUCAAUAAGCUGGAAAAACAAUCCUCAACAUCUACCAAAAGAUUCUGACCCUCUGAUAUCAGUACUUGUAGUGCAGAGCUCACCUGGAGCUUCGACAAAAAAAAGAAAAGCCAUUUUAAAAAUGCUAAGAAUGAACUAAGGAUGCAUUUUCUUUUAAUUUAAUUUUUUUUUUUUUUAAUGUUUUAAGUCGGACCUAUUUCCUGUCCCACCUGACCACACCUCCCCCUUACCUCCCAGAAAAGGCACUUUCCCAUCAAUGACUCAUGACGACAACAUGGAUAUUGGCUAGCUAGACAAUCUUGAUGUGGCUCUGUGUGAGAACUACAUGCGAUCGAUGGAGAGAGAGAAAAAAAAAA